UUACAACAAACAAUAAGAACAUACUUAAUCCCAUGCUUAUAUACUCCAACACAUAUACUGAGACUGUUCUUAUGUUAUAAUACUUGUUUUAUUCCUGCUAAUAAUAUGUAUAUAUACAUACACACAUUUAUUUAUCAAUUAACAUAACCUACAUUACAUUUAUACUUUAUUUUCGGUAUAUUGUGUACAAAAGUUGUUUAAACCGCAUUCUUAAGUUUCCAAGGCUUGCAUACGUAACACGUUUACCGUAUUCUACACCAUUUUACGCCCUUCGAUUCGUCUAAAUAUGUCCUCUUUACGUAUUAUAUCAACAUUGCAUCCAGAUUUAUGUGAUUAUACAGUAAAAUUCAUUAUAUAUGGUUUCUUGAUAAGAACUUAUUGUGGCGCCAGCGAGAUAUAAUUAAAUUUAAUUAGCAUUUUCCUGAAAACCUUAUAAAUAGCCCCCGUGUUUGUUAAUAUUUGUGCUGUGUCCCGGUUUAUGUUAGUGUGUUGACCUACGUGUGCCCCGAUCCGUGCCCGUGUAAAUAAUCACCGUGUGUGAUUUCUACUUAGGCUUACUUUCAGGGUUCAGCACUGUAGACUGUACGCACAUAAUUUACAAAAACAUAGCAAUGAAGUAAUACACUAACGGCUGUAACUUAUGCGGUCAGAUCAUGAACAUUAUUCGACAUUAACGCAGACAUUUAAUUAACUCACAAAUAUAUUAGCGCUCCAUUUGACAAUUAAAAAAAAAACUUUCUUCUCCUAUUUUCCAGUGGACAGUCAGCGGUAAGCACGACACUGCCACUAGGUGAAGCAGUUUCCGAAACUUUCCACUGAGGCGAGCACACCUUUAAUUGAGCACGGAAACAGCAACACGCCUGCGUUACAAGAGAAAUGUUUCCAAACUUUAGCUCCGAUUUGGAAACCUCAUCAUGCCGCAGUACCGCCUUUUCUGCCGGGAUCACCUUAUCGUACAACCAACAGUCCCCAACUGAUUCGUUCUCCAGCGAUUCAGUUUCUCUUGAAGAAAACACGCAGGAGCUCUGUACAGAAACAGUUACUGCCUUGGUUCCAACUGUGACUGCAAUCUCAGUUGCUCCAGAGUUGCAGUGGUUGCUCCAGCCCACCACACUCUCACCUUCCCCUAGUUCCCCUGUUAGACCUCAGAACUCCAUCCAGGCGACUCCUAAAACAGGCAGGAGCAAGGGACAAACCACCAGAAAAUGGGGGGAAACACAGGAGCUUUCUCCAGAAGAGGAGGAGAAAAAGAGGAUCAGGAGGGAAAGGAAUAAAGUGGCUGCAGCAAAAUGCCGCGACAGGAGAAGGGAGCUCACCAGCAGCCUUCAAGCUGAAACAGAAAAGCUUGAGGAUGAUAUGGCAGCUCUGCAGGAUGAAAUAGCCAGUCUUCUGAGUGAGAAGGAACAGCUGGAACUCAUUCUAGCUGCCCAUAAGCCAACAUGUAAAAUUGUAGAAAACCUGGAGUUCAUGUUCCAAGAGUCCAUCGGAUCCCCCCACUCUUCUCCAGAGAUGCCAAGGCCACCUGAUGGCAUUGCUUCUGAGGCUGAUUGUCUCCACGACAUGGACAGUCCCAGCUUCCCAACCAGUGCUAUCUCUGGAAACUUGAACAUCUUACUAUGCUCCAGUACUAGGGACAAUAUCAAUGAGCUGGAAAACACCUUGGGACUGAAGGAGGAACCCUUUGAUGAUGUGAUCAGUGAGAUGGACAAGGUCUCUCUGGAUACAACUCGGUCAGUGCCAGAUAUUGACCUGAGUUCUUCUCUUGGGGUUAUGGACUGGGAGACUCUCUAUAAGUCUGUUUCCAGUGACAAUGAUCCGUUGAGUACUCCAGUUGUGACAGUCACCCCAGGCUGUUCUAGUUUCCUGUCCGCAUUUACAUUCACCCCUCCAGAGUUUGAUUCCUUAGUUAACGGGGACGAAAAUCAUAAAGUUGGAUUGGCCAAGGCAGGUUUAGCCAUAGAUGUUCUGAAUUCUCCUACUGUACUUGCAUUGUAACUGAUUGCAACAGUUACAACCUACUGAGCUUAGAGCUCAGGGUCUGAUCUCAUGCCAUGUGUUAUGUUCAGACACAUGGUUGUACUUAUUAGCAUGGGUAUUCAUUUACCAAAGAUAGAUGUUGCCUAUGAUAUAGUAAUAAAAGCAUGCAGAAAGGUUCCAUAACAUUUUAAAAAACAGUAUAUUUUUUCAGUUCGUUAUAGAGUGCUAGAUAUUUUAAUAUACAGCGAAAGCAGACAAAGUGCUAUUUGUUUGUAAAUAGCAAUUAUGUUAUAUGAAAUGGAAUAUAGUAUGUGAGAAGAUAUUUUUAUUAUCUGUACUUCCAUGGAUCGGUUUUCUGUGCGAUAUUAUAUUCUGUUAAAUAGCUUCGAGUUUUCCAUAAAAAUAAAUAAUCGUGCAACAGAA